GGCCGUCCAGUUUAUAUUCUGUACUGUACUGUAGUGGAUAAAAAAGGACAUGGAAAGUGUUGCGUGCGCAGUGAAUAACAGCAUAUGGUCUCUCUCUCUCUCUCUCUCUCUCUCUCUCUCUCACACACACACACACACACACAAACACAGCUGUUUCCCAGCUAAACUCUGCAUUAUUCCGCUCACUGCAGCGAUCUGGAAGUAGGUGUCCAUCAGAAUGAUGCUCCUCACCCUGAUCCUUUUGACCUCUGCUUUGUCUCUCUGCUCAUCCUUGGAUGUCAACUCUAAACCAUGCUUGCGAGCAAAGUACAACAAUGCUCAUGCCACCUUCCUCAAGCGACAUCUGCCUGAUGGCGUACCAAAGACAUGGGACCAGAACGUGUGGAACGCACUGCUCAGGCAGAUAAAGACGUGCAACAGACCCACUCAGUCGUUUUUCCAUGAGAAUGACAGAGAGCGUGUGAACGCAGUAUGCACUAAAGCUGGUGGAAAACAGCACUCCGGCAACCUGUGUAUCAGCAAGGAGAAAUUCUCCUUUGUGACGGUGCGUGUGAAUGUGGAUGAGGGAUUGUGUGGCAUUAAGCGCAUAAACAACGAGACCAAACACAUCAUCCUUGGGUGCGACGAGGUCGGGGACUCGUGUCGCCCUGUUCAUUUUGAGGGGAACCCGAACAGUCUGACACCCAGUAAUAAUCAGCCAGACUGUGGAGAACGCUCAGGGUCAAGCUCAGUUUUUAAAGCGGCCAUGUCCAAAAGCUUUCUAGUCUUCACUUUAGUAGCGUUGACUUACAUUUUGUAAUAUUGCAAAUCAUACUUACAAAUGUACUGGUUACACAUCAGUGUUAAAUAAACAGUACUGUAUUAACUAGCACUGAACAGUUACAGUAUUGGAUUAACUAGCACUGAACUGUUACAGUAUUGGAUUAAGAGAGAUAGUGUCACAUUAGAAUAUGCUGUUUUGAGCAGACUCUUACUGAGUCUUGUUCUGCUCCAACUAUUAGUGUUAAUUCAACAGUGUAGGUACCAACUCAACACGUCUCAAUUUAUCACUGAGGAUUUUGCUAUGCAGCUUUAUCGUAUACUUGUGUACAAAUAUUCAGGCUGAGCUUUGUGAUCAAAUUAAGAGUAAAACUUUUUGACUAGCAGGCUGUUCUACCCAAAAUGAAAAAUAAAGCUAUAAAACAUUAUUGACUUGUUAUGGGUCAAACAGUAUCAAGUGUCAGCAUCAACAAACUUACUUGAUAUUUGUCUGGUGGCAGUUUAUGGGGUUAGGUUUAAUUGUGAAGUCUGUGAUUAUUUGUAGGAUAAAGUGCAGUGUUGUGCCAACAGAGUAGAAGAUCCACUGGAUCUACACCUUAUUCUUACUCUCUGACUGAAACAUUCA